AUUUUGUAAACAACACAAUGAAUUAUGAAAUUGAAAUUUGAACUUCUUAUACCUGAAUUUUGAAAUGAAUUAAUUAUCGAAUUGACUUAUAGACAAAUUUUGUCUAAAACUAUGAUGUUAUUCCAAAACUGAAAAAUGUCUAAUGACGAAGAAAUCGAAGCCACAUAUGUCAUUGUCGGUGGCGGUAUUGCCGGUAUGAGCUGUGCUGAGACAUUGAGAUUGUAUACAAAAGAUCCGAUACUGUUAAUUUCGGAGUCGCCCACUGUUAAAGUGGUCACCAAUAUAAAAUUUCACACAAAAAUGGCAGCUGGGUUUGACGUAGAAGAAAAAUGUUUACAAACGCUUAGAGAUAUUAAGUUUGUUGUGGGAGAAGUGAUUUCAAUUGACUCGGUCGCACGUAUAGUUUAUACAAACAAUGUAAAAAUCAAUUAUCAAAAACUAUGUUUAUGUACUGGCGCUACGCCCAAACUUCUAGACGAUAAAGACUAUAUUAUCGCUCUACGAGAUACUCACUCUGUUGAAUACUUCCAAACGAUUCUCGGCCAAGCUAGUCAAAUAGUUAUUGUCGGCAAUGGCGGUAUAGCGACUGAUUUGGUGUACAAGUUAAACGACGUUAAGAUCAUUUGGGUGAUUAAAGACAAUUAUAUAAGUUCACAUUUUUUGGAUGCCGGCGCAGCCGAGUUUUUCAGCAACUAUUUAAACGCUACACAAGUAGAACCUAAAGUCGUCAAAAGACACAGGUAUACAGGAGAAAAAGGAACUGGUGCUGCGCUGGGUCCGGAUUGGCAUAGCGGUGUAAUGUUUGGAAAUAACAAAAAUAAAGAAGUCAUUAUUGAAUAUACCACUUCGAUCAAAAGUAUUUCCAAAGACAAACAAACAAGAGUGGAACUGGAAAAUGGAAAAACGUAUGAAUGUGAUUUUGUCGUAUCUGCAAUAGGCGUAACCCCAAAUAGUGAUAUAGAAUUGAAAAACAAUAAACAGUUUGACAUUGCACCUGAUAACGGUAUAAAAGUAGACUGGAAAAUGGAAACAAAUCUGCCAGAUAUAUUUGCAGCAGGCGAUGUAUGUACCACCGAGUGGAAAUCGGAUCAUUGGUUUCAAAUGAGAUUAUGGACUCAGGCGCGACAAAUGGGCAUUUAUGCUGCAAAAUGUAUGUUUCAUAGAAACGCAAAUGAAGCACUAUACCAAGACUUUUGCUUCGAGUUAUUUACACACGUGACUACAUUUUUCGGAUUCAAAGUCAUACUGUUGGGUCUGUACAAUGCCCAGGGGUUAGAAAAAAACGACUGUGAGUUGUUGGUUAGAGUUACCGAUGGACAAGAAUAUGUCAAAUUAGUACUGAAAAGUGGUCGAGUCGUCGGAGCCGUUUUGAUCGGCGAUACCGAUUUAGAAGAAAUGUGUGAAAACUUGAUAUUGAAUCAAAUUGAUAUCUCAAACCUCAAGGAUGACUUGUUAGAUCCAAACAUAGACAUAGAAGAUUAUUUUGAUUGAUUUAAUUGUUUAUUGUCUUGAAAAAAAAUUGUAAAUACACGUAAAAAAAAAA